GAGCCGCGUCGCUUCGUGCGCUGCCAGCGGGGUUGAGCCAGUCGGCUGGAAUUGAGUAGCAUUCAUUGAAUCUGCGGAUUUCAUGACGUCUCUCUGCGUGGUCCAUCACUUUUCUCCUAACCGGGGAUUUUUUUUUACUUCUGCCACUCUUAUCUUUCCCCGCUUCAUUCCACCCAGUCUCCCUCCCCCGUCCCUGCCCAAACGCGUGCCCCUCCGCCCCUCCUUUGGCCCCGGUGCCCAGCCCUGCUCUCCGCGCUCGGCCGGAGGGAGCCAGUCCGGAGACGGCUGCACCUGGCUGGAGAGGCUGGGCGGGCGGAGGGGUGGAGACCCGCGGGCGCCGGGAAGCCGGACCUGGAGCAGGAGCAGCUGCGAGCAGAAUGGAGUCUCCUAACAGCCUCUCGGGGCUGAUGUGAAAUUUGACCACCUGAUUCCAGUUUUUUUCUUUUCCUUUUCUUUUUUGCAUUUCCUUCCCUCGCCAUCCGUCGUGUAGUGAAUUGUUCAGUCUUGCUCCGUUUCGAGAGAGGAGAUCAUGAUUGAGUGAAGCCACCCCGUCCGCAGCCAGGAAGAGCACAAAGAAGAAACUGCAACAAUGGCCAAGCUGACAGAAUCCAUGACUAACGUCCUGGAGGGCGACUCCAUGGAUCAGGAUGUCGAGAGCCCAGUGGCCAUUCACCAGCCAAAGUUGCCUAAGCAGGCCAGGGAUGACCUGCCGAGACACAUCAGCCGAGACCGGACCAAAAGGAAAAUCCAGAGGUACGUGAGGAAAGAUGGAAAAUGCAACGUUCAUCAUGGCAACGUGAGGGAGACCUAUCGCUACCUGACCGAUAUCUUCACCACCUUAGUCGACCUGAAGUGGAGAUUCAACCUGUUGAUUUUCGUCAUGGUUUACACAGUGACCUGGCUCUUUUUUGGAAUGAUCUGGUGGUUGAUCGCGUACAUCCGGGGAGAUAUGGACCACAUAGAGGACCCCUCCUGGACUCCUUGUGUUACCAACCUCAACGGGUUCGUCUCUGCUUUUUUAUUCUCAAUAGAGACAGAAACCACCAUUGGUUAUGGCUACCGGGUCAUCACGGAUAAAUGCCCAGAGGGAAUUAUUCUCCUCUUAAUCCAAUCUGUGUUGGGGUCCAUUGUCAAUGCAUUCAUGGUGGGAUGCAUGUUUGUAAAAAUCUCUCAACCCAAGAAGAGGGCAGAGACCCUGGUCUUUUCCACCCAUGCGGUGAUCUCCAUGCGGGAUGGGAAACUGUGCCUGAUGUUCCGGGUAGGGGACCUUAGGAAUUCCCACAUUGUGGAGGCUUCCAUCAGAGCCAAGUUGAUCAAAUCCAAACAGACCUCGGAGGGGGAGUUCAUCCCGUUGAAUCAGACGGAUAUCAACGUAGGGUAUUACACGGGGGAUGACCGUCUGUUUCUGGUGUCACCGCUGAUCAUUAGCCAUGAAAUUAAUCAACAGAGUCCUUUCUGGGAGAUCUCCAAAGCCCAGCUGCCCAAAGAGGAACUGGAAAUUGUGGUCAUCCUAGAAGGAAUGGUGGAAGCCACAGGGAUGACAUGCCAAGCUCGAAGCUCCUACAUCACCAGUGAGAUCCUGUGGGGUUACCGGUUCACGCCUGUCCUGACCCUGGAGGAUGGGUUCUACGAAGUUGACUACAACAGCUUCCAUGAGACCUAUGAGACCAGCACCCCAUCCCUUAGUGCCAAAGAGCUGGCCGAGUUAGCCAGCAGGGCAGAGCUGCCCCUGAGUUGGUCUGUAUCCAGCAAACUCAACCAACAUGCAGAACUGGAGACUGAAGAGGAAGAAAAGAACCUUGAAGAGCAAACAGAAAGAAAUGGUGAUGUGGCAAACCUGGAGAAUGAAUCCAAAGUUUAGUGCCCUAGCUGGGCAACCCCUUCUCUUCUCCCCCUGACACAAUCUUCCCUUGUCUCUCAUUCUCUUUCUUUUUUGUCUCUCUUGCUUUGUUCUUUAUUUAUAUUUAAUUUUUACAUGACCAGAAAACAAAUCUUCAAGGUGUAAAAUAUCUACCUGCCCUCUCUCAGUUGUUUAGAUUGACAAGGUAGACGUGGAUUUGAUGAAGGUGCAAAGUGCUCUCGUUUGUGGCCCAAGCCUGGUCUCCUCCCAAAAUACUACACGUCCAGCUCCUGGAGAUUUCAGUUACUUACCUGCAUGUGUUGUAUAAUACCAGAUCACUCAAAAAGGUGUGUCAAAGAUUUUACCUGGGAUAUGACAAGCAAGGUUUCCGGUGCCUAUUUAUUCAUUCAGUGAGACACAGAGUGGAGCCCUCAGUUUUAUAGAUCCCAAUUCUUUUCAUCUACUACAGGGUGAGGUGCUUGCCCCCGUGUGGGCGUGGCAGUUAUAGGGCCCAGGUGAGCUGAAGACAAACCACUGUACAUAUAUAUGCCUUAUGUAAUUAUUUUCUUUUUGUAGUUAGUUAUAAAACCCAGCAUGUACAAAAGUACCAUAGAACAGAACUUCUAAAUACUGUACAUAGAUGUAUCAUUAAUGUAGGUUUAGAUAUAUAACUUUAGAAAUAAGAAGCAAAAAAAAAAAAAAAGAGAGAAAGAUUCCUAACAUGCAGUAGGCGUUUCUGUUUUGAUGUCUGUGUUUUCCAGGUUAUUUUGAUCCUGUUGACGGCUGGCCCUUCAGUGCACGGCCUUUGUUUGUGUCUCAGACUGGCAGCCGUUAGGGUACCUCACUGUUCCCAUGCUGAUCCUUUCAUUGAAUCUAAUAAGCCAUAGGUCUGGGGGAAAUUGAGAGAUCUGGUAGAUGACAAAACCCACCACCAAUAUGCUGAUAU